ACAUGAGUGCGUAAGUCGACUACACUACACUCGAGGCGGCCAUGUCCACACUACCUCGCUACCUACGUAUGUCCGCAUGUACCUACUGUCUAUAUGGCACGGCGAUGCGAAGCACGCUGCUGACGCCCGCCACGGCCUAGCCCAGCCCCGGCCGACAUCCAGAGUCCAUCCCUACUGGCCAUCCCGACAGCGAGCGCCGUCAGUCAUGAGUCUGUCUCGUGGCACACAUGGAUGACGAUGCCACAGGUGACCCAGCACGGCCGGCGACCAGAGGGCCCGCGGUGAGGGUGCUGAGCGAGGGCGCCAGCUGGAGGUGUCGCAAGAGGUGCAUACGGCGUGCAGCUGGGGGGUGGGGGUUUGGCGGCGGCGGAGGCGGCGGGGCGGGCGUCGGCGGGUUGGAUGGAUGGGUGGAUGGGUGGAUGGAUGAAGCAGUGGAGCGAGGGAUGAGAUGGAUGCAUUGCGCCAGAGAGUUUAGCAGGCCGGCCUAGCCCAGUGUG